CGCCGUCAAUUCUUCUUGCUUGCGCCAGCCGUAUUCCUUCUGGCUUCGUCGCGCUCGUCUCGCCCAUCGCCCCGCAUCCAUCCACCUCCCGUCCGGCGAACACCCCCACAGAACCUCAUCAAUUCAUCGUCGCCGCUGGCUCUCCACACGACCUCUUGUUGCAAAACUCCCCAAACCAUAUCCCUCAUCUGCCCCCAGCCCAAGCAUCCCGACUCUCAGUCUUGCCAGACAUGAGCCCCCAAGAGCCCUCCCCUCUGGAGCUGCCUUCGCUGGACCUUUUCGGCCAGGACAUGCCCAUCCUCGGCCCCACGACAUCCGUCGUGCACGAGUCGCUCUGGGCACUCCCGGAUGUUGUGCUCUUGCGCAUCCUCAUGUUCUUGGAGAUGCCGUCCAACUUCACGGCCUCCUGUCGACGCAUCCGCUACUUGUCCAGAUCCGCAUCCGUCAAGGGCCGAUGGCUGCUCCUUCAUCCCAGGCAAAUGGCCGAAUGGAUAGGGGCCACAUGCUCCCCCAAAGCCGCCGGCUUCUUCAACGCCAAGAUCCUCAUGUUUCUGUUUCGGUAUUCGCAGCGGUUCAUGCCCUCAUACCAGAGCACGUCUUUCCUCAAGCCGAUCGAUGUCUCUGGCGCAUACCCGUCCAUCACGCCGAUAUCCAUCGUCAACUGCAUCUGGAAAACCGCCGUCUUCAAAAAGUACCUCCACGUCAUCAAGGCCAUCGUCGAGUCGUCGUAUUUGCAGAUCAUCACCUUCGAGACCCUCAACCAGACCUUUACCGACGCCAUCCGAGCCGACAACAGCACGAUCCUGACUUUCCUUCUCUCAAAGCCGACCGUCUUUGCAGCCUUCACGAACGACAACUGGCGAGCACAUCUCCUCUGCGCCAUCGAGCACAACAAACCUCGCAUGUUCCAGAUCCUCCGCGACCACGGCCUUCCCCUCGGCGCCGGGUGGACCGGCAGCGCUCGCCAGGCGAUCGUCUCCCAGAGCUGGGGCAUCGUCAAGCUCCUCGCCCCGUCGCUCCCGGACUUUGAGACCGUCGAGCAGUGGUCCUCUGGCGCUUCGUCGGCUGCCACGGCGGGUCGCCGGGAUGUCGUCGAGCUGCUCUUCCGCCACAUCAACCCCGCAUGGCCCCGAGAGACGAUCGAGGCCACCUGGAGCACUUGCGUCGACAACGCCGUGCAAAUGUCGCAGAUUGGCGUUCUCACGUUUUUGGUCGAGCAUUCGCUCGGGGCACUCAACCGCUAUCGGAUCCAGCCCUCGUCGCUCUCUCAGGCGAUGGAGCACCACAACAUCAAGGCCAUGGAGAGGCUGCUCCUGAAUCGCGAGCUGCACUCGGAGCAACUCCAGACCUUUAUCCACUCCGAGUCCCUCCUCCGGCUCUGCAAAGAAUUUUCCCUUGGCCGUGCAAAGAUCCCGCAGCAGCUCCGCCUCGAGAUGGCCCGGAUCCUGAUCCAGGUCGGCGGCGUUGACCUCGGCACCGCGACCGGCGGCAUGGCCGUCCUCGAAGCCAUGGCCGUCGCCGACAUCGAAAUGGCCGACUUUUUGAUGCAGCGGGGCGCCUCUGUUCACGUCCUUUCGGCCCUGCAGGUCCACACGACCUUUGUCCGAAUCAUGCAUGAGCCAGACCUCUCAAUCGAGCGCCUGGCGACUUGCAUGUCCCGGAUCCUCGAGAUAUGUCCUCAGUUCAGCGAGGCGCUCGGGCUGCACGACAACGAGAUCCUCGAGAAGGCCGUCGCCGACGGACACAUGGCUGUGGUCAAGGUGUGCGUUCGGCACGGCUGUGACGUCGCUGCUCUGAAGCCAUCAACGCUCACGCAAGCCAUCGAAAGCUGGAACCACACUCUUGCCGAGUAUCUGAUUGAAUGCGGCGCCACGAUGACCUGGAAGGACUGUAUCCAGCUUGAAACAAUCUGCCGACGCCUGGGCACACUUGAACCGGCCAAUCCUACACCUUUCAACAAGACCGAUGUCUCGAGCUCUGGCGCAAAUCCCACUCCCGAUCAAGGCGCAUCCCUGGACUCCGGCGCCGACGCGACAUCGGCUUCUGGCCCGUCUCUGGCGGACUCUGCAGUGUCCAUGAGCCGCGAAAACAGCCUCGACCGUCUGGCGUCGCCUGCCGAACGCAGCUGCAAGAGAGUCGAGUUCCUGAAAGAACGGCUCCGUGCAAUGACCGGGUUGGAGCUGGUGGAGGCCGUCACGACUUGUGCCGAGAGCGGCUUUGUCGAGAUACUCGAGGUCCUCCUGGCCGAGGGCGAUGUGGAGUCUGCACUUGUCAGUCCCGACGUGAAGCAAGCGCUUGCCGCUCUAGUGGUUUCGCUGUGCCAGUUUUCCGUCUACCGGGUCUCGGAACGACACGGCAAGUUCUCGUCCUCAAGGAGCAUGCAGAACCACAUGGACAUUAUCCACAGCCUUUUGCAGCACAGUGCAGGGCUCUCUGACGAUCAGACCAUGUCCGCUGUCCUCGGGGCCCUCGAUCUUGGCUUUGCCAUCAAUCUGUUCGAGUGGCUGAUCCAAACUCGUUCCAAAGCGACUGCAUCCACUGGUGAUCGUGCCGGCGACGAUAUGAACCGGCUCAUUUGCCAGUUUUUGAUCAGCCAGAUCAAGGAGAGUGUCUGCCAGCAUGCCGUGACCGAGCUCGCACCCACCCUGGAGACUCGGACUCCCGGCGACGCCGCCAAGACCUCCGAUUCAGAAGUCAAGCCCGUCAUUGUCGUGCGGGUGAGCACGCACCGGCCGCACAUCGAGCAGCUCAAGGCGAUUGCCAACCGGUUCCCUGAAGCGCUGUUUUGGAACAAGUACGAGCUCCUCCUGAAUGCCGUCAAAGCCUCGGACGAAGAGAUCGUCGACUGCAUCUGCAAGCACCCCAACUUUGACGUCAACCACCCAGCGGUUGCCGAAGCUCUGGUCUUGGCCCGCGACCACAACAAGUUUGAUACCUUUUUCCAGCUCUCCAACGCUGGCUGCAAGCCCCCGAGCUGGUCCGACACAGCCAAGAUGAACGAGCUUCGGAUUGCACGCGAGCGCUCCUUCGAAUCCCUCGGCAGCAACAACAACAACAUCGGCUUGUCGCCUGGAUCUCGCUCCUCCCGCAACCUGCGCCACGCUCUCGGCCGCAAUCUAUCCCCGAGUGGAUCGCGAUCCUCCAGUCCCGGAGGCAUCCCCAUGUCUCGGCGGCGAUACGGCGGCAGCGCCAGCAGCCAUGGUUCCUCGCGCAACCUCUCCAGGAGCUCGUCUCAUUCGUCGCUGAAUAAGGACGAAGCGGAGCGAAUCCCGUCUAUCGCCGGAGCUGGCAGUGAGGACCUCUGUCAGCCAAACGCAUCGGAGGCACCGAGUCUGGAUCCAACUUUUGUCGCCAGCACCUUCUCUGGCUUUACAUUCCGGGCCGAGCAGGUGACGCUCUAGAUACACGGGUAGGAAUCGGUACCUGCGGUCGAGCAACCCAGUUGCGACUCGGCAAGGAUGACCUGCGAUCAUCAAAUACCUCGUAUCUGACGGCGCUCGCACGUCCGAGUUUGGUACCAGUUUUUCCACACACAAGAGUGGCUCACUGUAUAUUUAUAUCCCCAUUGCGGCGCCAUGUUUCGCACUUAUUUUGGCCUUCCCCCUUUCUUCCAGGCUGUCUUUCCUCCCCUCUCCCCUCCUCCACUCCCACCAGUUGUUUUUUGGUACCGCAUGCAGUGCCCCCCCCCUUUUUUUUUGUGUCCAGCCUCACUCCCUCCCCAGCACCACAUUUUUGAUUCGCACAUGCUCGUUUCCUCGCUCUCACUCCCACCCCUCCCCCUAUUUACAGAAAGUUGCUGGUUAGAGGACCUCUCGCUCAGCUUGCAUAUCUAUGCAACCUCUUGCAAUACACGUCUCCUGUAUACAGCG